UUUGUUUGGUGGAAGAAAAAUUGUAAACCCAGUGGGUAUUACUAAUUUUCAUUGGCUAUCUGCGUGGUAAUGUCAAAUGACCCAAUCCUAAAAGUUGGAAAAUAAAGGAAGAAUCUAACUACUGUGUCUCAGGAUUCUGUAUUAUAACACUGACACUCUCUAACUACAACUUACAGCAACGUUUACUUAGAUAUGAAAUCCAUGUCAGAUAAACUGUGGAAAUACAAUCGCUAUCGCUACAUCAUGACCUACCACGAGAAACCUUGGCUGCCUCCGCCUUUUAUCCUACUGAGUCACAUUGGCCUCCUCGUCCGCCACCUUUGCUGUCAUCAAGCUCCAAAUGACCAAGAAGAGGGAGACGUUGGACUAAAACUAUACCUGAGUGAUGAAGAUUUGAAAAAGCUUCACCAUUUUGAAGAGCAGUGUGUGGAAAAAUACUUCCAUGAGAAGAUGGACUGCCUGAAUUGUAGCUGUGAGGAGCAAAUUCGAGUGACAUCGGGAAGGGUUACAGAGAUGUACUUCCAACUGAAAGAAAUGAACGAGAAGGUGUCUUUUAUAAAGGACUCCUUACUGUCUUUGGACAGCCAGGUGGGACACCUGCAGGACCUUUCUGCCAUGACUGUGGAUACCUUAAAAAUCCUUUCUGCUGUUGACACCUUGCAAGAGGAUAAGGCUCUCCUGGUCAACAGAAAGCAUUCUACUUGCAGAAAACUUCCCCACAGCUGGAGCAAUGUCAUCUGUGCAGAAGUUCUAGGCAGCGUGGAGCUCUCUGGGAAGAAGAAAUACCAGUAUUAUAGCAUGCCCCCUUCUUUGCUGCAGAGGCUGGCCAGAGGCCAACAUUCCUCCAAAGUACAGAGGGGGCCCCUUCUUGAAAUUACAGACAGUUGUCUGAGACAGGCUCCAAAUGUAAGUGAUGACAAGAAAGAGCGAGAAACAAAAAAUGGUAUAGCUGCUUCUGGGGUAUCCCUUAACUGGCAAGCACACCCAAAGAGUGGCCAAUUUCUACCGGUCCCUUCUUAUCUAAAGCAAGUUCCUUUGUCUGCAGAGACUACUUUGUCCAGGCCAUCUGAGGAAGCAGGGGCAGAUAUGCAGGCAACUGAACAGGUCAGCCAGAGAGAGGUCCCCAUUCAUCUGAGUUGGCAGACAGCAGUUGUCUCAGACCAGGGGUCAGUAGCUGAACCCAAGGAACAGUACGAGCCAAUCACUCAGGUACCAGCUAAACAAGACAAGGGGAAACAAGUUCUACCCACUUUGAGUUCCAGACCUGCACCCAUGAAAGCAACCUCCCUUCCUUCCCAAAUGGAGAACACGCAGACUGGAGGUGGAUACGUGAACUGGGCAUUUUCAGAAUGCGAUGAAACUGGUGUGUGUUGCAUCGAGAAAAAAUGGCAAACCUGCUUACCCUCCACUUGUAACGGUGACUCAACCCAGAGUGGACCCUUCCAGAUGCAAAGCCAGGCCAGAUCCCUAUUUGAGAACUCAACAAGAUUGGCCCAGUGUAAUAGUUACUCAGAGGUGGAACCAUGGCUCCAGCCAAACUCUUCCUUUUGGAUCAACCCUCUCCGCAGAAGCAGGUCCUUCAUUAGGAGUCAUAGUUUUAGAUUCCACAAGAUUAAAAACCUUUCACAAUCAUCAAAAAUAGGGCCAUCAGCAUGGGUCAAAGCAAAAAUUCUAACCAAAGACAGGAAAUCUUCAAAGAAAAAGAAGAAAGCACAAAGACAACAGGUGCCAGUCAUAACAGUCAACACCUGCUCUCAAAGUGACCAAUUGAAUUCAGAGCCAGAAGAAAAUAGCAUCUCAGGAGAAGAGGAAUGGAGCAAGAACUGGCUCACGGUGUCCAAAUUUAGUCAGAUAAGUACGUAACAGUCUACUACCAUAGAUUCCACUUUGGUAGAGUUUUCUCAGUGUUGGGUCUUUAGACCACUGGUGGUCGCUGCUCUUAUUUCAAGUGGAAAUGAGGGGAAAGGAAGUAAUAACACAUUCUAAGGAAAAUAACCCUUUUCUGUUUUUUAAUUUUUAUGAAAUGGGCACAUUUUCUGUUUGUUUAAUUGAAUAGUUUUUAGAAUCCAGAAAAGAAAAAUUGAGAUUUAGAUAGUCUCUUACAUUCAGAACUGUUGAACCUGGUUCAGAGUGUUUCCCCAGGGAGCAUUCAUUUAGUCUGAUUUAUGGGGAGAGGGAAGGAGGAAUGGUCUAAUUCUGUAAAUUCUUAAGGUUCUUGUGAACACUGAUAUAUUCACAGCAUAUAUCAGUGUUCAUAGGACCGCUACACAGAACUCGUUGCAUUGAGUUAUAGUUAGUUAUUUACUACUGCCCACGUACAGUGUUUAUUCUGUGGUCAAGUAUCCCUUAGGCUGAAUAAUCAUGGUGUUUGUAGAGGAGAGAAGAUGAAUCAAUCAUCUAGGCAUGAAGACUAUGAGUUGGGCAAUAGUGUGAAUGUGAAAUAAACCUGGGUAGGUAAGAAGAGGGCAGAUUAUGAACAGAAUGGAAGGCAAUCAUGAGAACUUCGAACUUCUUGCAUUAGACAAUAAGAGAUCUUUAUUUUU